CACAAAAAACAAGUGCCCUUAAAGUUUGUGCCACGUGUCAUCAGUUCUAUACUUAACUCUUACCCUUUGACCCUACAACAUAUAACCACCCCACACGUCACACAACACACACGAUGUUUUUUUUUUUUUUUUGAUAAGCACAAACACACGAUGUUGAUUGUUGAAUACCCUCAUCAUACUCGUGAUUUCACCGACCACAUCACCGCAACAAUCCCAUAAUCAUAAUCAUAAUCAUAAUCACAAAUAAAGAAAUAAAAUAUUCCCAAUUUAUUGCUGAAUUUAAUUCAUUAAUUUAUUACAAUAAUCACCGUUUCCGCCACCGCGCUUAUCCCGAUCGUGAUUUUCGUUUCUUUUUUCUCAUCAUCAUACCGCCAUGACUAGAAUGAGAAAACUCACCGUCGCCGUUGGUGCGGUUAUCGCCACCACAUACGGUGGCGCCGUGAUUCUUCACAAUCCUUCGAUCUCCGCCAGUGACUACGGUGGCGGUUCUCAUCUCGAAACUCUUCGGAAAAAGCUACAUGCUCCUGAUGCUGUAGUUCCGUCGAGGGAGACGCUUCAGUCGGCUUUGAAGGCCGCUAACAAGGCCAAUCCUCUCGAUGUUCUUGUUAUUGGCGGUGGUGCUACUGGUACUGGCGCUGCACUUGAUGCCGUGACUCGUGGACUCAAGGUUGGACUCGUUGAACGGGAGGAUUUCGCUUCCGGUACUUCGUCGCGAUCCACGAAGCUUCUUCAUGGAGGUGUUCGUUACUUGGAGAAAGCCGUUUUUAAUCUCGACUAUGGACAAUACAAGUUAGUACUUCAUGCACUUGAUGAGCGUAAACGGGUUAUUGAUAAUGCACCACACCUAUGCCAUGCAUUGCCGUGCAUGACACCGUGUUUUAGCUGGUUUGAAGUAGUGUACUACUGGGCGGGUUUGAAAAUGUACGAUUUGGUCGCAGGAAGACAAUUGCUGCACUUAUCAAGAUACUAUUCCAGAAAAGAAUCUGUUGAGCUCUUUCCGACUUUAGCAAGGGAAGGAAAUGGUAGAAGUCUAAGUGGCACUGUUGUUUAUUAUGAUGGGCAGAUGAAUGAUUCGCGGCUUAAUGUUGGACUUGCCUGCACUGCUGCUUUAGCUGGCGCGGCUGUGCUGAACCAUGCAGAAGUGGUAUCCUUAUUGAAGGAUGAUGCUGGACAACGGAUAAUUGGUGCACGCAUUCGAAACAAUUUAACUGGCGAGGAAUUUGAUACAUAUGCAAAAGUGAUUGUGAAUGCAAGUGGGCCAUUUUGUGAUGCUUUAAGGAAAAUGGCUGACAAAAAUGCACAAGAAAUGAUUGCUCCUAGCAGUGGUGUACAUAUUAUACUCCCUGAUUACUAUUCUCCUGAGGGAAUGGGCUUAAUUGUUCCUAAAACUAAGGAUGGUCGUGUUGUUUUCAUGCUUCCAUGGAUGGGGCGAACCAUUGCUGGAACAACAGAUUCUAAUACUAGCAUUACAUAUCUUCCGGAACCACAUGAAGAUGAAAUACAAUUUAUAUUGGAUGCAAUAUCUGAUUACCUUAAUGUUAAGGUUCGCCGUGCCGAUGUUCUUUCUGCUUGGAGUGGCAUUCGCCCAUUAGCAGUGGAUCCAACAGCAAAAAAUACCGAGAGUAUCUCAAGGGAUCAUAUUGUCUGUGAAGAUUACCCUGGUUUGGUCACCAUCACUGGUGGCAAGUGGACUACCUAUCGCAGCAUGGCAGAAGAUGCUGUUAAUGCAGCUAUAAAAUCUGGAAAGCUGACCCCUGCCUAUGGAUGUAUGACCAACAACCUCUCCAUUGUUGGUGGUGAAGGGUGGGAUCCUUCUUCUUUUACAGUUCUUGCUCAACAGUAUAAGCGCAUGAAAAGUACACACAGUGGUAAAGUUGUUCCUGGGGUAAUGGACUCUGCUGCUGCAAGGCAUUUGUCUCAUGCAUAUGGAACGCUGGCUGAGCGUGUGGCUGCCAUUGCUCAGAAUGAAAAUUUGGGCAAGCGACUUGCCCAUGGUUACCCAUAUCUAGAGGCAGAGGUAGCCUACUGUGCUCGUAAUGAAUAUUGUGAAUCUGCUAUUGAUUUCAUUGCAAGGAGGACUCGUCUUGCUUUCCUUGAAACUGAUGCAGCAAGAAGGGCAUUGCCUCGUGUGAUCGAAAUAUUGGCAAAUGAGCACAAAUGGGACAAUUCAAGGGAGAAGGAAGAGUUGCAGAAGGCUACAGAUUUUUUGAAGACUUUUAAAUCCUCAAAAAAUGCCCAGUUUCAUGAUGGGAAGCACACUUAGUUGAUGACUUGAACGAGAAGAAAGUUUUCACACAACAAACAUUUUGGUAUUCAUUACCGCGGAUCAAUUGGUGACUAAGCUCGCCAUAGAGAGUGGCUACGCACAUAUUUAAAAUCAAUUUUUACACAGAUUUGUCUCACAAUUGCCUGCAAAAAUAACGUUGGCAAGUUGAAUAGAUUUUUUUGCACAAAAAUAACCUGCCAAAAUAAUUUUCUUGAGAUUGAUUUGACUCUCUACCUCCACCAAAGUUUGACAGAGAUAUUUAUCUAUAUAUUUACAUUGAGUUAUCAAAAGUUUACUUAAGUGAAGGAGUGUUUCAUGUUACUUUUGCGUUGAAUGCGACCAUCUACUUGUUAUAAUGGUAGCCUAAAACCUUUGCAUGGAGAAAGAAAAAAUGAAGAAUCCUACAACUAUAGAAUUGCAACUGUACUUUGUAGUUAGAAAAACACCUGCUGCAGAAGUUAGUUUCUUUUAUUUUGAUAUUUAAGGAAACAAUAUUAUGUAAGAAAAAAUUACCAUCAUGCUUAUUGCGAAAGACAUGUAAGCCAAAGAAAUAUAUUAAAUCAAAUUAAGCACAAGGUGUGC